AUGCCUGCAGCAAAAGAUUGGGAAAGAAAGGCUCAGAUUUGCCGUGAUAUUCUUGAGAACUCAAUCCCCAAGCAAUGGCUUCUCCCUGAAGAUAAGCUUCCGACGAAGCAGAACCUCAAUGUCACCAAGAUUCCCUAUACAUGUGGCAUCCUUUCUGCUAAGGAGCUUGACAUGACCGAACAAACUGCUGCUGGACUUUUGAGCAAAUAUCAGUCAGGUGCAUGGAAAGUCGAGGAUGUUACCAUUGCAUUUCUCAAACGAGCUACAAUCGGACAUCAACUUCUCAACUUUGCUACUGAGUUCCUCACCGAAGAAGCGUUGGAAACUGCAAAAGCCCUGGACAAGCAUUUCGAAUCCACAGGCAAACUCAUCGGUCCACUUCAUGGCAUUCCUAUCAGUGUCAAGGAACAUGUCUCAUAUGGUGGCAAGAUCACUCACGCUGGUUUCGUGAGUCAGAUCGACAACGUAGCCAAGGAAGAUGCGCUGCUUGUCCAACUACUCAAGAAGGCAGGUGCAGUAUUCACAGUACGGACCAAUCAGCCGCAGUCCUUGAUGCAUUUAGACUGUGAGAACAAUAUCACUGGAACAACUUUCAACCCAUACCAUCUCAAGCUCUCGCCUGGUGGGUCGUCCGGAGGAGAAGGAGCAUCAAUGGGCUUCAGAUGUGCUGUACUGGGUGUCGGCACAGACAUCGGUGGCAGUAUUCGCGCACCUGCUGCAUUCAACAAUUCUUAUGGACUCCGACCCACCACUCUUCGUAACCCCAGUCUUGGUCUCCAUGGCGUACUUGGCGGACAGGAGAGUAUAAAGGGCGUGAUCGGCCCUCUUGGUCAGAGCAUUGACGAUCUUUGGCUAUUCCAGAAAGCAUUGAUUGGUCUCAAUCCUCAUGAUAUUGAUACCACAUUGACUCCCGUGCCCUGGAGAGGAGAACUCGAGACGCCCAGAGAUAUCACCGUCGGUAUCAUGCUUACCGACGGGAUAGUGAAACCUCACCCUCCUAUCAUCCGCGCACUUGAGACAGCCAAAUCCAAGCUCCAGGCCGCAGGAGCCAAAGUUCACGACCAUGCUUGGGAUAUCGUGUCAGCUCUGUACUUCCCUGACGGCGGCAAACGUAUCGAAGAUGCUCUCGCAGCUUCUGGAGAACCCAUGCUACCGCUCACUCGCCAUGCCUUGAACUACUCCAAAGCAAUCUCCAUCUCCGAGAAUUGGGAUCUCAAUGUGAUGCGUGAGAAUUAUAGGCGAGAGUAUCAUGCUUUGAUGAAGGAGAGAAAAGUGGAUGUUAUUUUGUGUCCUGCAUAUGUGGGCGCAGGCGUUAAACAGCAUGAAGCAAAGUACUGGGGCUACACGAGCUUGUGGAAUAUCCUCGACCAACCGGCUGUGGUAUUCCCGACCGGCAUUACCGUCGACAAGAACAUCGAUAUCAUAGAAAAGGACUACUCGCCCAUGAACGAGAAAGACAAGGCUGAAUAUGAAGCUUAUGAUCCUGAACUCUUCGACGGUGUCCCGAUCACUCUUCAGCUUGCAGGCAAGCAUUUCCACGAUGAGGAUGUCUUGAGAGCAGCUAAACUUGUGGAGGACGUCAUCAAAGCUCAUAGAGCUGUCACCGAGUGUUGA